AUGUCGAACGAUCGCACUUCUCCCAUCUCUGUUCCCAACUCCGGGAACCGCCAGCGCCGGGGUUCCAUCGCUGAUAUCUUCUCCAAGUCGAGCAAUACCAACCAAACCAGCCAGGCCAAUCAAGGCAACCAACGCCGGCUGUCCAUCAGCACAUUGGGACUCUCAGGAUCCCCUACCCAAACAGCCUUUGGAAACCAGAACCUCCGCCGGGGCAGCAUCUCGAGCUCACUCGGAUCUGUCCCCAACGCCGAAGACGCGAUUGCGGAGGAUACAGAGGGAUCCCCCAACUCGCAAUUUGCGAGACGGGUCUCCUUUGGUGCGCAGGCACUCCGUGAUGCACGUGGAAGCACAGGCAAUGGUAGACACUACCCCCCCUCCCUGCCAAAGCCGCGUUCUCCCCCCGCUGGCUCUGCCCUCAGUGCUGCCCGAUCUCCCGCAAGUACCUCAACCUUAGCUCAGGAUGAGAGAUCUAACGCAUCGCGGCGACCAACAGGCGAAGGCUUCAACUGGUCCGAGGCUCUCCGGUCCCGCGCCGAACGAGCUCCCUCGCUCGGUUCUCCAGUCUCCCCACAGGCCCAACAGCGCCAGUCCGGCUACCACCAGCGUGCCGCGUCCAUUGCCUCCAUGGAGCAACCCGGUCGGGAAAUGCCCCGACAGGCCAAGCAGAACAAGCCCGACUUCUUCCAGGAGAAAAUCCUCAGGGGCGACUUUAUGGAAUAA